ACUCGUCACUUUCCUUCACCUGUGAAGUGCGCUGCAGAACCAGCCAUGGGAGCUCUGCAACAAGAGACUCCAUUGUUGCCGAUAUAUUCAUGUCCUUGAAACUAGUAGUGAAAAGGUGAUCUGAAAUUUAGGAAAAAGAGAAAUACAACUUAUGGGUAGGAGUCCAUGUUGUGCAAAGCAAGGUAUGAAUAGAGGAGCUUGGUCCAAUGAUGAAGACCAAAUCCUCACCGACUAUGUCACCCUCCAUGGAGAAGGCAAAUGGAGGAAAGUUUCGCAGAAUGCAGGUCUAAACAGAUGCUCCAAGAGCUGUAGGCUCAGAUGGGUAAACUACUUGAAACCAGGCAUUAAGAGGGGUGCCAUCUGCCCUGAUGAAGAAGACCUCAUUAUCAGGCUUCAACGUCUUCUGGGCAAUAGGUGGGCUUUGAUAGCUGCAAGGCUUCCAGGACGAACCGACAAUGAAAUAAAAAACCAUUGGAACACCAUUUUGGUCAAAAGGCUUCCAGCUGCAAGGCCGCCCAUCAAGCAUCAUCUCAACGAUGAAGAGAAAGUUGGGUCAUUUGCCAGUAAUGGACUAGUCUUGAAUCAACAGGUGAAUUCACACCAUAAGGUCCUUGGUUUCACUGAGUUCUCUACGUCAAAUGAACUAGACAAAGACAUGGUGAACAUGAUCAACACCGGCGCAAAGAAUAGUGACAAAGUUGUUUUCGGCGCUUCAGAAUCCAAUUUGCCAUCGCGUUGUGAGAAGAUGGAGAUGGAAGAGGAGAAAGAUCUAAUUGGUGUGAACAAUGGGAGUAUUCCUUGUUUAGAGAUUUGUGCUUCUUCACGUUCAAGAGAUGAAGACAAGGUCGAAACUCAGAUGGCGAAUAGCCACGAUUCCUGUGAUCGACCCACUUUACACAUGGAGUUGAAGAAGUUGGCUCUUUUUCUAGAAUUGGAAGAUGAGUUUUUAUAAAGCUGAUUUCAAGCAUGAAUCUGUGCUUUGCUGGGCUGGAUUCUUAAUUAAUCACGCCCAUUAAUUAAUUUGUGCUAUCUACUCAUCUUCGAUUAUUUUGAUUCACGUUGUCUAACUUUCAAUGGGAAUAAUAUGUUGAGGGAAUAAGUAAAAUGUGACCAUGGGGAUUGCAUAGACAAUUCUGGAGCAGGAUUAUAAAAUCUCUUUCUUCUACUA